AUGGCAGGGGUGAUACUGCUCACUGCCAAGGAAGACAUCUCACUGUACGAUCACGCCCUAGGCCAUGCCCCUGCGCCUGCUGCUACUGCCGACAGCUCUACCCGCUCACAGUGGCAGACUCAUGACGCCCACGCUCGCUUUGCUAUUCGCAACUCCCUGCCGCUAGAAGAGCGCGAGCACUUUGGCCAGCACAAGACUGCACAGGACCUGUACAAAGCUGUCGUUGCCCGCUACUCCUCGCCUGCCUCUGCCGCUCUAGGCCGUCUCUCGCUUCCCUACCUGUUCCCCGACCUGUCCUCUUUCCACACAGUCGCUGACCUCAUCACCCACCUCCGUACUAGUGAGGCCCGCUUCCGUGCUGCCAUGCCCGCCGAGUUCCUUGCCAAGAACCCUCCCCCGCUCUGGCUCACUCUCUACCACCUAGUCACCCGCCUCCCUGACUCUCUGCGUGCAGUCAGGGAUUCCUUCCUAGCUCGCUGCCCUACUGAGCUCACCAUUGCCCUCCUCGAGAAGGAACUACUUGCAGCUGAGGCUAGCAUAGUCGCUGUAGGUGCCUCUCGUGGCGACCCCCGCACCCCGUUCUUUGAGGGGUGUUCUCCUUCCCCCCUUCUUCCCUCUGUCGCCUCUGCUGCUGCUGUCGACCUCCUUGGUGCUGAGAAGGUCGGGACUGCGUCUGCUUCGAGCGGACGCCGCAGCGGCAAGGGCAAAGGGGGCAAGGGAGGCGGAGGUCACAGUGGGGGAGGAGGUGGUGGGGGCGGUGGCGGCGGUGGGGUGGUGGCGUGGCUGGAGGGGUGA